AUGUGGAACGUGAUGAAUUACUUUGGCGGGCGGCGCGACCCAAAGCAGAGCGCGCGGGAGGCGAUUGUGACGCUGAGGGAGCAGUUGUUAUUGAAUGAGAAGAAGGAGGAGAUGCUGUAUAGGAAGAUCGACGAGGCGAUGGCGACGGCACGGGCGAACGCUACGUCCAAUAAAGCGCGCGCCACGCAGGCAUUGAGACAGAAGAAGAUGCACGAGGCAGAUUUAGAGCGUCUGGGAAACCAGAAGAUGCAACUCGAGAUCCAGAUCAACACGCUCGAGGGCGCGAACAUGAACGCCGAGACGAUGAUGGCGAUGAAGAAGGGCGCGGAUGCCCUGAAGGUCAUACACAAGAAUAUGGAUAUCAACAAAGUUGAGCAGACGAUGGCGGACAUCGAAGACCAACGGUUGCUCGCGGACGAAGUCUCACGAGCGAUCGCAUCCCCGGUCACUGGCGAAAUCAUCGACGAGGACGAGCUCAAGGACGAGCUCGAACAGCUGCAACAAGAGGAGCUCGAUGCACAACUGGCUGGCGCAUCACACGUUCCGGCACAUGUGCCCGUUGGCGCUGUCGCAGGCAGAGAGCCGCCACAGCAAGCGGCCAACACGGACGACGAUAUGGAACGCGAGCUGCGCGAAUUGCAGGCACAACUGGCCAUGUAG